AUGAAAGAUGCAGCCAAGCCCAGGACCUCAGGAAACUGCAGCAGAGGAAAAAGAGCAUCUCCUCAGAGACAGAAAGGUUCAAGCAGUCCUGCACAGAAAGGGCCUGAGAAAGAAAACCUAGAGCACCCUUCAAAGAGGAGGGUGAACAUUAAAAACCCUCACCCCUACAGCCCUGAAAUUAUCCAGGAAUUUAUGUAUCAAAAGAAGGAAGAAAGAAAGAAAAAAGACCUGGAAGAGAAAAAGUCUUUGGUGCAGGCCACAGAGCUGAGAAAUAAGAGAUUGCAGGAAGUAUACAGGAAACAGAAAGAAGCUGUAGGAAGGAAAACAUGUUCUGACCAGAUGCAGAAGCUCACGAGUAAAACAGCAAAAGGGAGUCCUCCGGGUAAACAUGAGCAAGAGCAAACCAGUGGUGGCAUCCCAGAGAGGAGUUUCAUGGCCUGGGUGGAUAAAACAUCCUGGACUCUGUUAAAUGAAGACCACAGGGGCAGGAAUCAACUAAAAGCAGUUCAGCCACCUAAGAGCAGAGAGGCAUCAGCUUCUCCAGCAACACCAGAGUCCGAGUGGACUGCUCUCCCCCAGCCCGGCAUACACCUCUCCUGA